AUGGAAAACUACAUACGUGAAGAAUGCAGGGCCCUUGUUCAACUGAGAAUAAAAGAUGCUGGACAGCCAGUUCUUAUUAAUAAUAUGUUCAACAUUACAAUCGUGAACAUAUUAUGGAGACUUGUCGCCGGUAAAAGAUACGACCUAGAUGAUGCCAACCUUAAAUUAUUGUGUGACAUAAUCACUAGGUUAUUCAGAGCUGUAGAUAUGAGCGGUGGCAUAUUAAACUUUUUACCCUUUGUAAGACAUGUUGCACCUAAUUUAUCAGGAUAUAACGAAUUGUGUUCUAUUCACAAAGCCAUUCAUGAUUUUCUGAGGGAAACCAUAGAGCAACACGAGCGAAAUCUUGACGUCAAGAAUCCAAAGGACGUUAUUGACGCAUUCCUUAUAGAAAAAAUGGAUCCCAAAAAUAGAACAUUUUCAGAUAAAGAUUUGCAAGUCGUAUGCCUGGACUUACUCGAGGCAGGUAUGGAGACAGUCGCAAAUACCGCUGUGUUCAUGCUCCUACAUAUAAUACGAAAUGAUGAUAUACAAAAAAGGUUACAUGACGAGAUUGAUGAGGUUAUAGGACCCUUGCGACCACCCACACUCAGCGAUCGAAGCAGGAUGGUGUACACCGAAGCAGUGUUAUUGGAGGCGCUGCGCAUUUCCAGUGUGGCUGCUAUGGGCAUUCCGCACAUGGCGCUGGAGGAUGCCCAGCUUGGCAACUAUGUAAUACCAAAGGGCACAUUCGUACUACUCGCAUUGUACGAUCUUCAUAACGGCAACCAUUGGAAAGAUCCUGGUGCAUUCCGCCCUGAGCGAUUCAUCACUAAAGAAGGAAAUUUGAUGCAGGACGAGUGGCUCAUGCCAUUUGGAUCAGGGAAAAGACGCUGCAUCGGAGAAGGUCUAGCUCGAUCAGAACUAUUUAUGUUCUUGACACAUUUACUACAAAAAUUCAGACUGAAGCUACCCGAAGGAGAUCCAAUACCCAGUGUAGAGCCGAACGAUGGGCUUUCACUGUCAGCAGAAACAUAUAGACUAAUUUUCUUGCCACGAAACUGUAACACGCAAAUCGUUACCGAAUAUGUGUAA